AAGUUCGCCUGCUUUGAGCGCACCGUCGAGUUGCUGUAUAAGCAUGUGGUGCCCAAACCACGCGCCGAGUGUAACAAAGCGGAACAGUUGACGGUGACGUUCACCGCCGGUUAUAUCGCCGGUGUCUUCUGCGCGAUUGUCUCACAUCCGGCCGACACAGUGGUCUCGAAGCUCAACCAAGACAAGGGCAGUACCGCCGGAGGGGUGCUCAAGAAGUUAGGAUUUGGCGGUAUGUGGAAAGGACUGACGCCCCGUAUCAUAAUGAUUGGUACGCUAACUGGUCUCCAAUGGUUCAUCUAUGACGCUGUGAAGGUUGCGCUGGCAAUGCCGCGGCCGCCGCCGCCCGAAAUGCCCGAAAGUCUUAAGAAAAAGUUGGCCGAAAAGCAGGCGUAAUGAGCGCUACGCAAGAGUUUUAGUGAAUUAUAUAUUGAUUUAAAUUUAUGGAUAAAUUACACAAAUAUUUCCGAUAAACAAAUUCAUGUAGUAAUUGGAGAGCAAAACAAAAUGAGUUUAUUUUUAAUUGUUUUUAGGUUUUAUUAAUUAA